AUGGCAUAUACUUUACUCAGUGGGUACCACCUUGCGAACUGGGGGACCACUGAGCCCGGGACUCAGCACGGUUCCAUACAGAUUGUGGUCCGCGAGCAGAUCCCCUGGCAAGAUGGCACCUCUCUAGAAACAUACCUCGCCACAGACAGAGAACAGCCUCUAUUGUACGGAUGCCCCCUGGCUCGGCACCCCAUCAUUGCUCAGGGCGGGAGAAACGAGCAGGCGCAGGAGCGUUUCUUUGUUUGGACUACACACCACAGCAUGUACGACGGGUGGAGCCUCACUAAGAUGCUGGAGAGUUUGACGCAGCUGUACCUCUCUCUGGACAGCGAGGACCACCCACACACAACGCCAGGCUUCGGCCUGGCGGCGAUAUCCACCGUCCCCCUCAUCCGGUUCCUCGCAUUUGUCAUGGGCACAAGUACGGUUAAGCAGCCAAAGCCUUCUGGAGCAACCAUGUCGACCAUCCUGCGCGCGGCGCGGGCCAUCGUGGUGGCUCAGUACAGCGGUGUGGACGACCGCUUGCUGCUGGUCGCACUUUCAGGCCGGAGCGCGCCCGUGGCGGGCGUCAUGGAGCUGGUGGCGCCCACGAUAACCACCGUGCCGGUACAUGUGCGUGUUGACCGGGUCCAGACAGCCCAGGCCUGCUUGGCCACGGUCCAGGAGCAGGCAGCUGACAUGAUUCCGUUCGAACACACGGGCGUCCAAAACAUCUGGCGGCUGGUGCCGCGGCUGGGCGCCAGGGUAGAUCCGGGGCUCAUAUUCAUGGUUCAGACGCGGAUCCAAGAGGAAGGGGCGGCAGCUGAGAAGAUGGUCCCAGGCUGCACGACGAGCGAGGAUGGCCGGAGGCUUGAGAUUGAGGCCCGUUUCGACGACAAGGUCAUCCCCCAUGAGCAGAUGACGAGAAUCCUGUGCCACUUUGAGCAUGUGUUUUCAAAUUUGACCCUGGAGGAUGGCACCACCCUUCUUGGGGACACCAAGAGGCCGAGCGAGCACGACAUGCAGCAAAUACGUGCGUGGGACAGCGUUUCGAUAUCAGACCUCACGAAUGGCGGGCAAGCUGAUGAGCCGCAUAAGCUAGUGCACGAAACGGUCUUCACUUCCAGCCCUGAAUCAGAUGCGGUCUGCUCCUGGGAUGGCAACUUCACCUAUGCCCAACUGGACCACUACGCCACCAUGAUCGCACGUCAUCUCUCGGAUCUUGGCGUCGGUCCAGAGGUUGUGGUCGCGCUGUAUCGGGAGACAUCGAAGUGGACCGUGGCGGCCAUGCUGGCUAUCCUCAAGGCCGGUGGAACAAUUCUGCCACCGGAGGCACACUGCUCGAGAAAAAGCGCAUUUGACAUCAUGCGCGCCCUUGACGUGGGCCUGCUCGUGGCAGAUAAGAAACAUGCGAGCAGACUCGGCGCGUUCGCCCUCAACACAAUUACCAUUGGGGAAAACCUCCUCAUAUCCGCCGCUCAUCCGAAAAUCAUGGUCCAGCAAACCCAUUGGGCCGAACGUAAUGGCGCUCGUCAGGCGUAUACGGCCAUGCCUGGCCUGUACAGGGGCAAGCGGCAAUUCAUACUGUUUCCCUACGGACCAAAGCCAAGCGACUUUGAUAGACACGGCCAGUACCUUUGGUUCUAUGGCGGCUGGUAUAUCAUUUGGCUCAGUACCGUCGUCGCCGCAGUCCUCAUCAUCCUCGAUCUGGUCCUCUACGUUCAUCCGGAAAAGCAGCCCGACAUGAGGUGCCUGGCGCUGAGUGUGGUACCGAGUGCCACAAUUCUCAUUUGGAUGACGAUCGACGGAACCCUGCGGAAGAAAACCUGGCCAAAAGGGAGACUCGGCGUCGAAGGAGUCGUGGUCGUCGGCACGACCGUAUGCCUCGCCCUGCUCGGAGUAUCGGCUGGCGUCAAAGCUGGCCAGGGCGAUUCGUUCGUCCCCUGGUAUGCCGGUUUAUCUGGGGUCUUGGGCGCCUUGUUACUGCUGCGGCUCCUGAGGCUUUGCGAGCUUUACUACGCGCUUCGUCACCCUGAGUGA